GCGAGGACGGACAAGUUGGAACUCUUGGCGCCAGGCCCGGCCAGGCGUCCCACAAGAUGUUUUGAUCAUCUCCAGCGUCACCGACGGCUUUCUCUUCCACACGCCUCCCCCGCGCCUCAACCGCCCCCCGUGUCCGCCGUUACUUUGACGACUCGCCUUCAAGCCAACCGAGCAGUGCCUGCGAGGAUUUCAUUAUCCAGCGCAGAGACCUCCUGACGAUCAAGCGCGCAAACUUUCAAUUCUUCAGGCUCCUCCUCCCCGACCAGCCCUGAGGCGCGUGCUCGUCACUUCGAUUUCGGACAAAGGAAUCGGACAAGCGUCAGCUAGCAACCCAAGAAUCACUGCUCCGACAACUUUCGCAUCCUCCUGUGGCUUUCACUAGUCAUGGCUGAACCGACGCAGUUGGCUUACCGCACCCUGAAGGGCAUUGGCGUUCUCAACGCCGCCCCAGUCUACGAAGAGCUUCCCGGCUUCGCCAGACCCGAGGGCAACCUUCGAUGCUGCUGCUACUCUCCCGACGGUAAAUACUUUGCCUGGGCUUCACCCGAGCAAGUUUCCGUCAUUGAUGCUGCCGUUGGACACGUCAUCACCACCCUUCCCGCGGAGAACGUCUACGAGCUUGGUUUCUCCCCUCUCGGCACGUACAUCAUCACCUGGCAGAGGCCCUCGAAGGACGAGACUGGCAAUGCCACGAAGAACUUGAAGGUCUGGAGGACGAUCGAUGAGAGCGCUGGCGCCGAGGGACAAAGGAAUGUCGUCGGCCAGUUUGUGCAGAAAAACCAGACUGGCUGGAACUUGCAGUACACCGCCGACGAGCGCUACUGCGCGCGCUGCGUCACCAAUGAGGUUCAAUUCUACGAAAGCGGAGAUCUGGGCACCGUCUGGAACAAGCUUCGCGCUGAGGGCGUCACGGACUUUGCUGUUUCGCCGGGCAAGAACCUUUCAGUUGCUGUUUUCAUUCCGGAGCGCAAGGGCCAACCCGCCGCAGUCAAGGUCUUCCUUGUUCCCCAGUUCAACUCUCCUGUGUCGCAGAAGACUUUCUUCAAGGGCGACAAGGUGCAGCUCAAGUGGAACGCGCUGGGCACUAGCGUCAUUGUGCUUGCCCAGACCGAUGUCGACAAGUCGAACAAGAGCUACUACGGCGAGACGAACAUGUAUAUCCUGAGCGCCAAUGGUGGAUUCGACGCCAGGAUUACGCUGGAUAAGGAGGGCCCCAUCCACGACGUGACGUGGUCCCCCAACUCGAAGGAGUUCGGUGUUAUCUAUGGAUACAUGCCCGCGAAGGCCACCGUCUUCAACCAGCGCGCCGUUGCGACGCACAACUUCCCUCUUGCGCCCCGCAACACCAUCCUCUUCUCGCCCCAUGGUCGUUUUGUUCUGGUGGCUGGCUUUGGUAACUUGGCUGGACAGAUGGACAUUUACGAUAUUGAAAAGGACUACACUAAGAUUUGCACCAUUGAAGCUAGCAACUCGUCGGUCUGCGAGUGGAGCCCCGAUGGCAAGCACAUCCUCACUGCCACUACGAGCCCCCGCCUGCGUGUGGACAACGGCAUGAAGAUCUGGCACAUUGGUGGCGGCAUCAUGUACCACGAGGAGAUGCACGAGCUUUACCACGUCUGCUGGCGUCCUCAGGCGGACAUCCAGCUUGACAGCAACCCCUUGACGGUUCCGACGCCGCACGCCUCGGCCCUCAAGUAUCUAAGCACUGCCAAGACCCCCUCCAAGCCUGUUGGUGCCUACAGGCCUCCCGGUGCCCGUGGUACCAGCACUCCCCUCCACUUCAAGCGUGAGGACGAGGGUGGUGCUGCCUACGUCAACACCGGCAUCUCUUCCACGUCCGGCAACAUCAACAGCAACGGCUUCGGACGUCCCCGUCAACGCAUGGUCCCUGGUGCCGACCCCACCGAGCACGUUCCCUCGGGAGCGGCCCCUGGUGGAGGUGUCAGCCUCGCCGGCACCGGCGAAGGCGCCGACGGCGAGUUGUCCAAGGCGGCGCUCAAGAACAAGAAGAAGCGCGAGGCCAAGAAGGCCAAGGAGGCCGCGGACAAGGCCGCUGGUCUGAACGCCCAUGGCGGGCAGCAGGGCCGGGGACACCCGCACUCGCACUCGCGCAGCCCGGACGGCCGCGACGGCCGGACCCACGAGCGCAACCGCUCGCGCGGCAACUCGGGCGACGGGCGCGCGCCCAGCAAGAACCGGCAGCAGAGGGGCCCGCCGCAGCAGUUCCAGCAGGGCCAGAACGGGCAGCGGGCGGCGGCGCCGCCGGCCGUGGCGCCGCCUGCGCCGACGCAGCAGGUGCCGGCGCCGGAUGUGACGGUAACGUCGCCGGGCGGGGCUAGCGCGCACGACAAGAAGGUGCGCAGUCUGCUGAAGAAGAUGCGCGCGAUUGACGACUUGAAGAUGCGCCAGGCGGGCGGCGAGAAGUUGGAGGAUACGCAGAUCAAGAAGAUUGCGACUGAGGAGGGCAUCAGGAAGGAGUUGGAUGCGCUGGGGUUCCAGGGUUAAGUAGGUCCGUUAUUGUUGUCGACGGAUGGAUGGAAUUGGAGCUUGGCGCGGUGGCUAGGUAUUCUAUUUAGGACCUACCUUAGCGCUGGCCUUUUUGUUCUUGGUUCUUGGUUCUUGGUGCUUGGAUGAUCUGAUUUGAUGUGAUUGACGGUGAUGGGGUGAGUCGGUUGGUUGGUUGGAUGGUUGGGCGGGUGAGUGGGCAAGUGGGUGGAAAGGAUGGAGAUGGUGCUUGAGAGCAGCGGGUGGUUGUGCAUUCGGAUGGAUGGACUCGAAAAGCGUGUGGGUGUGUGGGUGGAUAGACAGACAGGCAGACAAGCAGACAAGCAGACAGACGAAAAAGCAACCUACCUAGUUACGUG